AUGGAACUAGAAAUCACCACCAAAUCUGCACCAGUUGACACCCGUAAUGAACAAGAAAAGUCAAUGGUAACUGAAGAAGAACGAAAUACAUUCACCCGAAGAAUAGCUUCGUUCAGUAUUAGAUCUAUCAAUAGAUCUAUAAAAUCUCGUGUGAAUUCUCUAAGAAGAAGAAAUAGAGAAGAGGAAGAAGCACCAGGUGAUGUCAAUCAACCAUUUUAUGAUGGGUUAUUCAAUGACCAUGAGCCAGUUGAAGGAGCACCACCACCAGAACCACCAGUUGCAGCAGCAGAAGCAGCAGAAGCAGCAGAAGCACCAGUUGUACCAGCUGUACCAGUUGAAGCAGCAGAAGCAGAAGCACCAGUUGAAGAGCCUGAACCAAUUGAAAAUAACAAUCAAAUAAAAAAAGGUGUUGCAAGUAAGGAGGAAAAUUAUUCAAUCAGCUUGUACUGGGAUAAGAUUGAUUUUAUAAAUAAAGAGAUGAAUAGAAAAAGAAACAAGUACCUUAUGUUGGAGAAGAAAACCAAAAGAGCCGAAAAAACAGCUGGAAAAGUCAUUAACUCUAUUGAUUUACCAAAAACAAUGGAUAAAACAAUCAUUGGCUCUAUAUUGAAAGAUCUUAUCUUGAGAGAUGGUGAUUUGGAUGUUAAAUAA